UCUCCUCUACCAAUGGAUCUUUUAGCAAGACUUUGCUCUGUAGACAGCUAAGGGAUGCUUGAAGACUAGGGUGUCUACCUUUGAGAAUCCAUUUUAUGCAGAGAGCCACUCCCCAUGCUCCUGAGAACUUUUGCCUGUCUUCUCAGCCUGCCUCUUUUUAUAGGAUGUUCACUCUGACCAAAGCCUUGGAAAAGGCUCUUCUCCAGCAUUUCAUAUACAUGAAGGUGAACAUCGCCUAUGCCAUCAACAAGCCAUUCCCCUUCUUCGAAGCGCUCCGGGACAAAUCCUUCAUCACUGAGAGAAUGUACAAGGAAUCUCUGGAAGCCUGUCUAAAUCUGGUCCCUCUGUCCAAAGUGGUGUACAAUAUUCUCAGCAGUCUGGAGCAGACUUUCCACCCGUCAGUGCUGCUGACGUUGUUCAGCAAGGUCAACCUCCGGGAAUACCCCAGCCUGGUGGCAAUUUUCAGAAGCUUCAGAAACGUUGGUUAUACCUACGAAGAGAAAAACAGACCCCCACUGACCCUGCUUGAAGACCUGGCCAACCCAGCAGAAGGGUGCUCCCUUCAGACACUGCUGCCACCACCCCGACCCCAGAUAUCGCUGCCAAGUCAUCUGUCCUCAGCACCGAGAGUCUGUGACCCCAGAGCAACCACACAGCCAAUCAUUGAGAUCCUGGAUGAGCAGCCCAGUCCUUCUCCCCGAGCUGUGCCUCUCCCUGGCUGCAUUCAGGAAGGAAAAACCACUCCAGUGUCCUCCAGAGAUCACCAGAGAAAAGAUAAGGAAGACUCUCGAGAGAUGCCCCACAGUCCCUCAGGACCCGAGUCAGUGGUAAAAGAUGACUCUCCAGCAGCAAAUGACCUGGAAAUGGCCCAGGAAGUACCCUGCACACCUGCAAACAAGAAAGCAAGAAGAAAAAAACAUCCGAACUGGUCAAAUUCCAAAAGAAGACAGCAGAAAAAAAAGCCCCGUCAAGAUGAGAUGAUGGUCGUCUCAGCAGGAGUGGCCUCACCUGGACAUGGAGUUCAAGAGAAGCUCAAGGCGGUGAGCAGGAGGACUUUGUGGAAAGAUGACUCAUCUACGAACGUGAAGGAGGUGACCAAGACACAGAGAGCAAGGAUGAGGCAUGCCCAGACAUCCAAUUCACAAGAGAUCAGCAAAGAGGCAUCAAAAACAAGUGGUAGAAAGAGGCCCAGCACAGCACGAAGAACCACACAAGUUCCAGAGAAGACCAAGAAUGACGCUGUGGAUUUCACUCCCACACUCCCUGUGACCUGUGGUAAGGCCAAAGGGACUUUGUUCCAAGAGAAACUGAAGCAAGGAGCCUCAAAAAAGUGCAUUCAGAAUGAGGCAGGAGAUUGGCUCACUGUAAAGGAAUUUUUAAAUGAAGGGAGAAGGGCCACAUCAAAAGCCUGGAAGGGCGUUAUAUGUUGUAACGGGGCGACAUUAAGACAUCUGGAGCAGAAAGGACUUUUGUUCUGUACCUCCAAGAGUAAACCUCAAAAGAAGGGUGCCUAGCAGAUGAACUCCUGACCUGAUAUGUGCUCAGCGUCUUUGCUCGCUCGCACUCUGUCUCUGUCUCUCUGUCUCUCUCUGUCUCUCUCUGUCUCUCUGUCUCUGUCUCUGUCUCUGUCUCUCUCUCUCUCUCUCUCUCUCUCUCUCUCUCUCUCUCUCUCUCUCUCUUUGUGUAUCUGAACUUUGCCUUUGAGCCUCUGAGUGUCCCAGCUCUGAGGUCCUUCGUAGUUGUGGUCCUCAUCACAACUGACCCAGCACUGGGGUACAUGCUCACGAUGUCCUUGUUCACAGCUGACUUACAAUGGCAAAGUGCAUGAAUACUAGACAGUAAAAAUAAAGCUGUUGGUGUCUCUGUGCGUUUGAAAACUA